AGCUGUUUUAGUUCCAUGGAAACAAACUUGCUGGCCGCAGGACGGAGCUACGGGCUGGUGGAUGGAUUAGGGGUGCAUAUGGAAACCACAGUGUGCAGACCAGUCCUGUCUCCCACCCACAUCAAAGCCACAGCUUCGGAAACGUUCACAGUCCUUCAGCAGAAGAUGAGAAUAGUUGAGGAACAAACCAGCUCUCUGAGAGAUGACCUAAUAAUGCUAGGAUAUGGUGACAGACGAUGUCAAUUAGAAACUUCAGACUAUUUAGAAGACCCUGUCAGCCAGAAAGUCACUAGUCCUAUUCCAAAUGAAAUAAUUUGUCCAGAAAGCCGAGGUAUUUUGUGGAAGAACUAUGAAUUCCUGGUAAAUCGAAUGCGCUAUUUGGAGAACCUCAUCCAGCCCUUGAAGAUGAACAUCUUUCACCUACAAACUGAAAAGGACCUGAAUCCACAGAAAGCAGCGUUUCUGAAGGAUCAGCUGAACACAAUACAGGGGGAGCACUCCAAGGACCUGAAGCUGUUGCAACUUGAAGUGAUGAAUUUGCGCCAGCAACUGAGAGUUGUUAAGGAGGAAGAAGACAGGGCACAAGAUGAAGUGCAGAGAUUGACUGCUACUCUGGAAAUUGCCACACAGACAAAGAAGAACGCGGCUGUUAUUGAGGAGGAGCUAAAGACCACAAAGCGUAAAAUGAACCUUAAAAUUCAAGAGCUCAGGCGACAACUGGCUCAGGAGGAGCAUGUCAGGGCGUCUCUUGAGAAGUCUGCAUCAUCCAUGCUCCUCAAAGUACAUGAGAUGGAGUCAGCGGUGGAGGCCGAACGGCAGCAGGUGCACACUUUGCAGCAGAAGUGCAUCGAUCUACACAGCUCUAUGCAAACAACCCAAGGACUGCUGGCCCAGGAGCAGCAGAAGAGUAACGGCUUGGAGAUGACGGCCUCGCAGCUCAAGUCUGAUCUAAUUUCCAGAGAUAACCUCAUUUACAAGUUGGUUGAAGAAAAUAAGAGUACACAAAUGUCUCUCAAGAAGGAACGUGAAGAAAAUACUUAUUUGAAAUCUGAAAUACUGUCCCUUCAAGAUAUAUCAGGAAAAGCACAGGUUUUGAAUGACCAACUUUCCAAAAAGUGUUCAGAGCUAACCAGCAUGCUUACGGCUGUUAAACUGGAAAAUUCCAGAAUUAUUGCUGAACAUCAUGCUACUUUGAAGGUAGAGCAGAAAAUGAAAACAGAGACAUUUCAAGAGCAAAAUUUACUGUUAGACACAGCCCAUGCCAGCAUCACAGGCAAGCUCCAAACUGUGCAGAAUGAUAAAGCGCAACUCCAGAAGCAUCUAGACCAUUUAAUUCUUGAGCACAAUCAGUGUCUCCAGAAAGCACAGGAGGCUGAGGAGAGGACAAUGGCACAAAAAGAACUUCUAGAAUCAACUAUUGCAAGACUACGAGGUGAACUGGAAGCAUCAAUGCAGGAGAAGAAGUCUCUGCUGGAGAAGAAUGAAUGGUUUCAGAGGGAGGUUAAUAAAUCAGGAAAGGGAGUAGCCAAAGAAAAAUGCAAUUUGGAAAAAGAAUUAGCUGAAAGCAAGGAAGACACUAAUGUGUUGAAUCAAAACCUGCAGACUCUAUUUGAAGAAAAUAAGCAUCUGACAGAUAAGAUGGCUUCCCUUGAACAUCACAAAGCUACUUCUGACUACCAAGGGUUUGCUCAGCAGAAAGUGGAGAAGGCCUUGGAAAAAAUUACUGAGAGUAAAAAUAAGCUUGCCUAUGAAAAGGGGAAACUCCAGAUAAAAGUCAAACAGCUAGAAGAACAGCUGCACACUUUUACUGAAACCAGGCUGCACAAUGACCACCUACAAGAACAGAAUAAAGACUUUGAGGUCAACGCAUCAGAGUAUGGCUACACUGCAGAAAAGAUUACCUUUGAGGCAACCUCGGAGCGGAGUGCCAGCAAGGCAUCUCUGCAGCAGACAGAGGCUCACCUGAGAGAGGGGUUAGUAGAGAAGCGGCUCCCUUAG